AAAUGCUUUCAGGUGCGCUCUCUGUACGGAAGAAGACGAAAUAGUAACAGAAGUAGCCGUUAGAUCUUCUGUUUGUCUCUCUGCUUGAACCCCUAACUCCUCAAGGAACAGCCCCUUUCAACUUGUGCUCUCUCUCUUUGCUGUCCAUUAUUCACAGCCGGCGGUUACUAUCUAUUCUUUGCUUUGCAUUGCUUUUUCUGUCUCCCUACCGACGCAUUGUUGAUUUUCCGGCCUGUCUAAGAAGUCACCCCGCUCGAUCAGUUCUCGACGACUUGAUCUUCACUAAUCUUAAUGCAAGGGAAUAGUUACUAAAGCAAAAAUGGUUGGAACGCCUGCAACGCCAGCAUCUAAAAUACAUAGGACUCCUUCCUCAACUCCAGUUGGUUCAAAGGUUCGUGAGGAGAAGAUUUUAGUUACUGUUCGUCUAAGACCGUUGAGCCGUAGAGAACAAGCAUUAUAUGAUCUUAUUGCUUGGGAUUGCCCUGAUGAUCGCACCAUUGUGUUCAAGAAUCCAAGUCUUGAGAGGCCAGCAACAUCAUACACGUUUGAUAAAGUUUUUGAUCCUGCUUGCUCAACUCAAAAAGUUUAUGAAGAAGGGGCUAAGAAUGUUGCUCUGUCUGCUCUUAUGGGAAUUAAUGCAACAAUCUUUGCAUAUGGGCAAACUAGUAGUGGCAAGACGUUUACCAUGAGAGGAAUCACUGAAAAUGCUGUAAAGGAUAUCUAUGAGCACAUAAAAAGUACUCAGGAAAGGGCGUUUAUCCUCAAAAUAUCAGCCUUGGAGAUCUACAAUGAAACAGUUAUAGACCUUUUGAAUCGUGAAUCUGGUCCUCUAAGGCUUUUGGAUGAUCCCGAGAAAGGAACCAUCGUGGAAAAGCUAGUUGAAGAAGUGGUCAAGGACAUUCAACAUUUAAGGCACCUGAUUGGAAUUUGUGAAGCUCAAAGGCAAGUGGGAGAAACUGCUCUUAAUGAUAAAAGCUCAAGAUCACAUCAGAUAAUACGGCUGACCAUUGAGAGCACUCUCCGAGAAAACUCAGGGCGUGUAAAAUCCUUCUUAGCAAGUUUGAAUCUGGUGGACCUCGCUGGAAGUGAACGUGCCUCUCAAACAAAUGCAGAUGGUACAAGAUUGAAGGAAGGAAGUCAUAUUAACCGGAGCUUGUUGACUCUCACAACAGUUAUUAGAAAGCUAAGUGGUGGGAAGAGGAGCGGUCACAUUCCAUAUAGAGACUCGAAACUCACACGGAUAUUGCAGCAUUCACUUGGGGGUAAUGCUCGAACGGCAAUUAUAUGUACCAUGAGUCCAGCUUUAAGUCAUGUGGAGCAAACAAGGAAUACCCUUUCAUUUGCGACUAGUGCAAAGGAGGUUACCAACAAUGCUCAAGUAAACAUGGUUGUUUCAGACAAGAAUCUACUUAAGCAUUUGCAGAAGGAAGUGGCCAGACUUGAAGCAGAGCUCCGAAGUCCAGAGCCUUCGGGUUCUUGUUUGAAAACAUUACUAAUUGAAAAAGAUUUGAAGAUUGAAGAGAUGGAGAGGGAAAUGAAAGAGUUGAAGCGCCAGAGAGACCUUGCCCAAUCCCAGCUUGAACUAGAAAGAAGAGCACACAAGGAGCAGAAGGGUCAAAAUCAGUGUGGUCCCUCUAGCCAAGUAGUCAGGUGUCUUUCUUUUCCUGUUGAGGAUGAAGCAGCUAUAAGUAAACAUACUCCAGAAACAAGGCAAAGAAAUAUAAUUGGAAGGCGGGCGAUGAUUAGACAGUCAGUCACUUCUACGGAUCCAUCCAUGCUUGUUCAUGAAAUACGUAAGCUUGAACAGCUGCAGAGGCAACUAGGUGAGGAAGCAAAUCGAGCUCUUGAAGUGCUUCACAAGGAGGUUACUUCUCACAAACUGGGGAGUCAAGCAACCACAGAAACCAUAGCAAAGAUGCUGUCUGAAAUCAAGGACAUGCAAGCUGUUAAUUCUGUUCCUGAAGAAAUUGUGAUUGGAGACAAGGCCAACCUGAAGGAAGAGAUCACUCGUUUAAACUCUCAAGAAAGCACCAUUGCAUCACUGGAAAGGAAGCUUGAUAAUGUUCAGAAAUCUAUAGACAUGCUGGUUUCCUUUUCAAGUAACGAGGAGACUCCAGAAUUCAAGUCCCAAUUGAAGAAGAAGAAAAGCUUUCCUUUUGUACUGAGCAACAGUUCAAACAUGCAAAAUAUCAUACGGUCCCCAUGCUCGCCUCUGUCUUCUUCUCAAGGAGUGGUGGAUAAUGAAAUUGAGAACAGAAUUCCUGAAAACAUUAAUCCAGUGUCUGGCGGUAGUAUAUUAGCUAGGACAUCUGAGGCUACUCCACGAAAGAGUGACAAAACUGGUAACUGUACCUCGUCAAGGGAGGGAACUCCAACCUUGCGAUCAAAUUCAGUGAAUGUGAAGAAAAUGCAGAGAAUGUUCAAGAAUGCCGCGGAAGAGAAUAUAAGAAGCAUUAGAGCUUAUGUUACUGAGUUAAAAGAAAGGGUGGCAAAGCUACAAUACCAAAAGCAGCUGCUGGUUUGCCAGGUGUUGGAGCUAGAGGCAAAUGAGGCUUCAACCACUGAGGCAAGUGUUGCUGAUCAGUCUCCCAUGCCAUGGCACUUGCUUUUUGAGGAUCAAAGGAAGCAAAUUGUUAUGUUAUGGCAUUUAUGCCAUGUUUCAAUUAUACACAGAACACAAUUUUACCUGUUGUUUAAAGGAGACCCUUCUGAUCAGAUAUAUAUGGAAGUUGAGCUUAGACGGUUGUCAUGGUUGGAGCAGCAUUUAUCAGAACUUGGCAAUGCAAGCCCUGCACUCUUAGGCGAUGAACCUGCAGGCUCAGUGUCAUCAAGCAUAAAAGCUCUUAAACAAGAAAGGGAAUAUUUAGCUAAGAGGGUGAGUUCAAAGCUAACAGCAGAAGAAAGAGAGAUGCUUUAUGCAAAAUGGGAAGUCCCACCGGUUGGAAAACAAAGGAGGCAGCAACUAGUGAACAAAUUAUGGACAGAUCCUCUCAACAUGAAACACAUACAAGAGAGUGCUGAAAUUGUUGCCAAGCUCGUCGGCUUUUGUGAAUCUGGUGAACAUGUUAGCAAGGAGAUGUUUGAGCUAAACUUUGUAAACCCUUGUGAUAAGAAGACAUGGAUGGGCUGGAAUUUGAUAUCAAAUCUUCUGCAUUUGUAAUUGUAGCUAAAAGACUUGGUUAUCAACUUCAUUUUUUCGGCAGACAGACUGAAUCAUUAUGUACAUCUCUAUCGUAAGAAAUUACUCUGUUGCUUGUAAAUUACUUCGGCAGCAGAAAUGAAGAUGAGUUAGUUUAAAGUU